AUGGCCAACAGUUUGCCCAGCGGCGCCCUGCGGCCACCUGUAGCCAUUGGCCCGCUCUUGGACGACGAGCCGGAGCUGUAUCACUUUUCGCCCAAGAAGAGCUUCUUUAGUGGUGGCUGGAGCUUUCCGCCUGUGCAGCCGGAGGAGGAGGAGUCGGAAGGUGAAAACUGGGAGGAACCAAGAGGGCCAGAGCGGAUCUCCUUGAGGGAGCCACAGGUGAACCAAACACCAAGCAGCUUAAAGCCAGCGCUCAGGCAGCCAGCCGCUCCAGUCGCUCUCGCUCCAGCGCUGCUGGCGCCGCCGGCGCCGCAGCCCAUGGAGGACGACGAGGACCUUGCUUCCGAUGGCUUCGACGAGAUAGAGCACGACUGGAGCUUCGAUGCAGCAGACUCCCAUGGACUCCUUCAACCAGCUUUGGGUGACGAUGACGAGGACGGUGACAGUAGCGCCGACCGCAUGCCGUCACUUCAUGAACCCUCACCGGAUGAGCCCACUGAUGAGUGGCGAUGCCUCCGUUGUGAUAGUCCCAACUGGAGACCUCUGUUUCCAAUGCUGGUGACCACCCCCUGGCCCUUUGUUUGUCAAGACUGUGGCAACGAAAGGUUCUACAACGUGAACGAGCCGAUGCACCAGUCGACCUCACAUGGUUCCUGGAUGUACGUCCCCUACAAUGAGACGGACCCUCGAACCGUGACACCACCACACACACCUCCUCGGCCUGUCGACUUGCCACCUGUGAGGAACAGAGCACGGCAUGAUCCAGGACGAGCCCAAGAAGCGCAUGAAGGCAAGGAGACAGCAGAGUCAGAGCAGUUGACCGACGACCCAACCGUGGAUCCGGAAACACUGCAACCGGUCCCUAAGCUGAGUCGGAGAAUGCGGAAAGUGUCGAAGCGAGAUGGACAUCUUCCUCCCUCAAAAGUACCUCUCCAUGCCUCAGUUUCAGGAAGCCCUACAGUACCUGCACCUCUUCCGUACCUGCAACUCCUAUCGUACCAGCUCGUGGCAGAGCACCUCUUAGCCCUACAGCACUUCGGCCUUCUCCAGUACCUGCAGGACAUGGAAAAGGCAAGAGCAGCGGUGCCGAGAAAGGCAAAGGACCUCAGCCGAAACAGUUUCCUCCGCGAGACGGACAACAACAAGCUCAGAGGGAUUGAGGCCACGUUGGGCCGCAGCAUUGACGAGCAAGACAGGUUUGCUGGACAAGAAAUCUCCACCGCCCUCUCCUCAGAAGGCGCUUCCAGCACCCACGAGUCCCUCUCCUUCGACUUCCUCAGCCCGCAGCAAGUCUCUGCAGAAGCCAAAGCCCCGCACCGAUGUGCAGAUGGUCGUGACACACAACGAAGUGGACAUUACUGCGACGGCCUCGUGAAUGCCAUCCUCACUGGUCUCAAGAAAGAAGCCCAGAUCCGAGACCCUUCAAGAUUUGCCAGACAACAGCGCGCAGAAGUCUUCUACGCCCAGCCAGCGAUUGACCGUGAACGUCAUCCCUUCAGAAGAGGCCUGGAAGUUGGGCAAGAUUGGAAGAAGAAGCGCCCUGGCAAGAACACUGGCAGAGUCUUUUAUGGGCUGGACAGCCCCAAGUGUUUCCCAAAUGGGCUGGACAGCCCCAAGUGUCCAAAUGGGCUGGACAAUGCAUGCACUCAACAUCUGCAGCUGCGCAAGAUGCCAAAACAAGGUGGUAGAGGUGGCCCCAGAAGGAACAAAGUUCCUGACAUUGAUGUGGAGCAUUUGUUAGACAUUCUCAAUGGCUAUGUCAGGAAAGUGGGUGUGAAACAUGCUUUCUGCUUUGGCAAGUACCACAACCUGACCAGGGAGCAGGCAGUGGUUGCCUCCAGCCUGUGUGACAUGGAGGAUUUGGUGGCUGACUUGCACAAGGUCAGCCACAGCCUUGAGUUCAAGUACAGUGAUCUGAAGACUGGCCUCAAAGAGACCCUCAAGCAGUAUCCUGGCAUUGUGGAGAGGUUCCCAGUGGAAGAGCAAUCAGAUCUGAGCAGCAAGCUCUCUGAAAGCAUCCUUGUCAUUUGCAAUCAUUGCAGGAGGUUGUCCAGGCAGCCUUCAAAGUUCCAAGAAGCUUGCAGCAAGGCCUCUGACUUCCAGGUGGGCAAGCUUGAGAGAAUGAAGACAUUACUUGUCCCUGAACCACCUGAUCCCAAGUCACCAGGUCUGCCUGUGAAGGCAUCAAAGAAGGCCAAGAAAACACCAGCUUCUCCCAAGUGUGGCUCACCAACUUCUGUGAAAACAGAAGACUUGUUGAACAUGGACAUUCCUGCCACACAGUCCUCAUUGGGUGGCAGCCUGCUCGAUGAAGCCAUGGGGACUGAACCCAUUCCUGUGAGGAAAGCUGUUCUUAGAGAAGCCAUUGCCCAGAAGAAGCCAGCAGCAAAAAGGCCUGCAGCAAGUGCAGAGGCAGUACCAUCUGAAAAAAAAGAAAGCAAAGGCAAUGGCACCAAAAAGCCACAGGUUGCAGAUGAUGCUUGCUUUGCAGACCACAAGCUCAAACUGAUGCCCUACAACCAGACUGGUGCUAUGGCAAUUCGCAUAGACAAGGGCCCCCAGCUGAUCCAGAUCAAAAGCAAGCAGGGUGCCAAGCAGUCCAAGGCCUUGGCUGAAAAGCUUCUGGCUGAAUUGAAGAAUGGCAUGUCGCUGGGGGAUGCCAAGGCUUGGAAAGCUGCAAGGCUGGCAAAGGAAAAGUAG